AUGGCAAAACAUAUAAAGAUACACUAUCAUGUUGUUAGAGAACUUAUCAGGAGUGGAUUUCUAACAGUUCAACACAUUGCUUCAGAGAAUCAGUUAGCAGACUUGUUCACAAAGGGUCUUUGUGCUCCUAUGUUUACUUCUCUCCUUCAUCAGUUGUUGGGGGUUUCUACACCAACAAUUUCUUCUGCAAACUUACCUCCUGAUUCUGAAGUUUCUUCUUUUGCUGUUACUCAAGAUUCUUCUCUUCAUACUUCUGUUGUUCUUAUUUAUACUGUGAAAGGCGAGCUAGGCGCACGAGCUGUGCAAGGGGUCCUAGCUAAUAAAAACGCCCAAGGCGUCGAAGUGGAUGCAAUCGAAUCCUACAUAUCAGAAGUGAGUAAACUAGCUAUGACACUCCUCGAGAUGAUGUGUAAAGCUUUAAAAAUUGAGAGUGGGGUUAUGGCCGAAGUUUUUGAAGGUGGAAUGCAAGCAAUCAGGAUGAAUUACUAUCCUCCUUGCACUCAAUCAGACCUCGUCAUGGGCUGUACGCCACAUUCGGACUUUGGAGGUUUGACAAUCCUCCUUCAACUCAAUGGAGUGGAGUCUUCUGACUCUAUCUUUCCUGCUUUCCUUUUAACAGAACGGCGGCUACCAGAGUGUUGA